AUGAAGACCAAGUUCGGCCAGAAGAUUCCUCCUUCUGAACAUGGGACUUCCCAGAAGGACAGCAGCUCCUUCCGCGUAUCUCCAUCGUCUAGGAUAUUCUGGAUUUGUGUUGUCAAGAGAGUUUGUCUGCCUCUGUGGAGAAUGGCCACAUGGUCCCUGUGGGGUCUGCUUCUCUGGGAAGUUGCUGGUGCCCAAGUGCUGAGCAAGGUGGGGGACUCCGCGCUGCUAGUGGCAGAGCAGCCUCCUGGCUUCCAAGUCCGCGAGGCCAUCUGGCGAUCUCUCUGGCCUUCGGAGGAGCUCCUGGCCAUGUUUUUCCAGGGUUCCCUGGAGACCCUGUACCACUCCCGCUUCCUGGGCCGUGCCCAUCUGCAUGGCAACCUCAGUCUGGAGCUUGGGCCGCUGCAGUCUGGAGACAGCGGCAACUUCUCCGUGCUGAUGGUGGACACCCGGGGCUGGACCCAGACCCAGAUCCUACAGCUCAAGGUGUACGAUGCAGUGCCCAGGCCCGUGGUACGUGUGUUCAUCUCUGUGGAAGGGGACACUCAGCCCCUUAAGGCAUGCCAAGUCUUCUUGUCCUGCUGGGCCCCCAACGCCAGUGACGUAACCUAUAGUUGGCGACAGGAGGGGAUGAUGGACUUAGGUGUGGAAACACACAGCCUCUUCACGGAUGGACAGAUGCUGAGCGCUUCGCUGGGACCAGGAGACAAGGAUGUGGCCUAUUCCUGUAUUGUCUCCAACCCUGUCAGCUGGAACAUGGCCACAGUCAUCCCCUGGGAGAGCUGCCAUCGUGAGGCAGCACCAGGGAAGGCCUCCUACAAAGACAUGCUGCUGGUGGCCGUACCGGUCUCACUGCUCCUGACCCUGGCUGGUCUCUUCUCUGCCUGGCACUGGGGCCGCUGCUCAGUCCUAGGACAUGGCUCCCUGAGAGAAGCCUCUCCCCUGCCCAUGGCUGAUAGGGAUGGCCUGCCCCUGAAAGAGCCACCUGACUGA